AUGGAUGCCCACCCGACGACAGAACCAUCACCACAAUAUGGCAGAAGGCUGCUGGUGAAACUUGUCGACGACCGAGCUCGAAGCGACCCGACCCGGGAGUGGGUUUCCAUUCCCAACACGUCCAACCCCCAAGAUGGCUGGAGAAAGAUCGCAUACAAGCAAGCAGCCAACGCUAUCAACCGCGUGGCACGCAAGCUGGUCGAUUCCACGGGCAAGCCCGACAAUGGCGAGUUCAGAACCGUCGCCUACAUCGGCCCCAACGACGUCCGAUACCUGAUAUUCACCCUUGGAGCCGUAAAGGCCGGCUACAAGGCGCUCUUCAUCUCACCACGAAACUCCCAAGAGGGCCAGAUGAACAUCUUCUAUCAGACCAACUGCAACAUCAUCUGGUUUGAUAGGGCCUACAAGGCCAUGGUCCAGCCCUGGCUGCAGGAGCGGGAUAUGCAGGCCUUCAUGACGUUCCCGCUGCAAGAAUGGUUUCCGGACGAGCAGAUUGAGCCGUACCCCUAUGAUAAGACGUUUGACGAGGCCGAAUGGGAUCCCCUGGUGGUGCUGCAUACCAGCGGAAGCACGGGUCUGCCGAAGCCCAUCGUUGCAAGGCAGGGCAUGGUUGCGAUUGGUGAUAAGUAUCACAGUCUCGGGGAGUGGAAUGGCAGGAGAUUCAUCCUCGACGAGAUGGCGAGGAGGGCGAAGAGGAUUUUGGUCCCGAUGCCGCUCUAUCACGCCGCCGCCCUUUACGUGUCUUUGCUCAUGGUCCACUACUGGGACCUCCCCGUUGCGUUGGGCAUAGGCGAUCGACCGCUCUCGUCGGAUAUGGCAGUGCAAUGCCUGAAGUAUGCCGAUGUCGAGUCGGUACUGCUGCCGCCGGCAAUCCUGGAAGAACUGAGCCAGUCAAAGGAGUCAGUGGAUGUCUUUAAUAAGCUGGCGUAUGUGACAUUCGGAGGAGUUAAGAAACCGGAUAGCAGACUUACCAGAAUCAGGUAUUCACCUUUUCCACUCUACUGGCAGCCCAAUCCCAAGCUCUGGCGCUAUUUCAUCAUCAACUCCGAGGUCUUCGGCUGCGACUGGAGAAAGUCGGCAGAGGAAGACGUCUACGAGAUGGUGAUUGUCAGGAAGCAGAAAGACCCAGACUUUCAAGGCUUCUUCUACACCUUUCCGGACGCCAAGGAGUACAGCACAAAGGACUUGUACAAACCUCAUCCGUCGUUGCCCGAUCACUGGAUGUACUGCGGCCGCUCCGACAACAUCAUUGUCUUCUCAAACGGCGAGAAACUCAACCCCGUGAGCAUUGAACAGAUCGUCAUGAGCCACCCUGAGAUCAAAGGGGCCCUUGUGGUUGGUAGCAACAGGUUCCAGCCGGCCUUGAUCCUCGAGCCUGUCGUGCAACCAAAGGACGAGAAGGAAGAGCAAGAGCUGUUGGACAGAGUCUGGCCGCUAGUCGUCAAGGCGAACGAAGAAACAGUGGCCCACGGCCAGAUCGGCCGGCAACUCAUUGCCUUCUCCACCCCUGGCAAGCCCUUCCUGAGGUCAGACAAGGGAACCAUCCAACGAGCCAGGACCAUCAAGAUGUACAAAGACGAGAUCGACAAGAUAUAUGAGCACGCCGACCAGCUCACCUCCUCCGAAACCCCCGACCUGGAUCUCAGCUCCAAGGAAGGCCUGACCCAGUCCAUCGAAACCCUGUUUGAGAAGUGGCUUAAGGCACCCAAGCUAGAACCAGACACGGAUUUCUUCACCGUCGGAAUCGACUCGAUGCAAGUCAUCAACGCUUCGCGGCUCCUUCGGGGUGCCCUCGAGGCAGCUGGAGUGCGUGUUGAUGCUUCAGCCGUAGCCACCCGUGUCAUCUACGGCAACCCAACCUCGCGACGGCUGGCCGAGUACCUGUUCUCAGUCGUAAACAAAGAAGGACAGGAUGCCGCUGCUGGAGAGGCGCAGGCACAGCAGGAAGAGACGGCCAUGAAGAUCCUGAUCGACAAAUACACGGCCGACAUGCCCGCGGCGCGGACCGGCAAGCCGCCCCCUGCCGACAAGAAUCAGGUGAUUGUCAUCACCGGCACGACCGGCGCGUUGGGGUCGUACAUGCUCGACCAGGCGAUCUCCUGUCCCAGGGUAAAGAAGAUCAUCUGCCUGAACCGCUCUGACGACGCAGAAGCCCGCCAGGCAAAAGGUAAUGCAGCCCGCGGUUUGAGCACAGAUUUCUCCAAAGCCGCCUUCCUCCACGCCGACCUGUCACGGUUCGACCUCGGCCUCGACCACGACGUGUACACCAACCUGCUCACUUCGGUCGAUCGAGUCAUCCACAACCAGUGGCCGGUCAACUUCAACAUACCCGUCGAGUCGUUCGAGCCGCAUCUGCGUGGGGUGCGCAACCUGGUCGAGUUCAGCAACAAGGCAGCGAAGCGUGUUCCUAUCGUCUUUAUCUCGUCAAUCGCCACCGUCGCGGCGUGGAAGCGGCCGGAGCCAGUGCCGGAACGGCCGCUGCAUGACUUUGGUAUAAGUACAGGCGGCUAUGGCCGGUCGAAGCUCAUCGGGAGUCUCAUCUUGGAAAAGGCGAGCGAGGUGUCAGGGGUGCCGAGUGAAAUCAUUCGCGUGGGGCAGAUUGCUGGGCCGAGUACUGAGAAAGGAUACUGGAAUCGCCAGGAGUGGUUGCCGAGUAUCAUAGCGAGCUCCCUUUAUCUUGGCCUUCUCCCGGAUAGUCUGGGACAGAUGUCGACCGUGGAUUGGGCGCCCAUUGAGGGGAUCGCGAAGCUUGUGCUGGAGGUGUCCGGCGUGGCGUGUUACGUCCCCGUGGAGGAGAUGGGGGGCUAUUUCCAUGGCAUUAACCCGGAGACGACUCAAUGGUUGACGCUGGCAGAGGCGAUCAAGGAGUUUUAUGGUGACCGGAUCAAGAGGUUGGUUAGCCUGGAGGAGUGGGUAAGGGCUUUGGAGGAGAGCCAGGCAACGACCGAGGACAUGAGCAAGAACCCAGGUGUCAAACUGCUGGAGACGUAUAAGGCGUGGGUGCAAGCUACUCGGGAAGGUCAGGGGUAUGUCGCCAUGGACUUGGCGCGAACCAAGAGCCGAAGCAAGACGAUGCGGAUGAUGCAUGCUAUUACGCCGGAGCUGAUGAAGAAUUGGUGCAAGCAAUGGGCGUUUUGA